AUGUCCAAUGUAAUGCUUGACAAUAAUUUGUUUUGUGAUUUCUCAGGUUUAAAUGAGUACAGCUCAAUCUGGCGGUGUGCUCAAGCAAGUGGUGGGUAUUUCCUGACGCAAUUAAUAAAGCUGCUUCUUCUGGCCACGUUCUUUCCGGCAACAGAUGCCGAAGGAUUUUCUGUUUUACCGGAGCUACUGAAAAGUAGUGCUGACGUUGUUGACAUCAUUGGAAUGCAUGUAGUAAUGACACAUCUGCUUAACGGAAAGGGAGAAGUUCGGUUUUUGGCUGGUGGCGUGGGUUGGGGUGCUGCUCAUUCUGUAGCCAGUAGCUUCGUACUAUUCUGGGUUGGAGCGAGGUCUGUCCAUUUAAAUCGUUUUUGCAACAAGGCAAAGUGA